AAAUGAACAAGAAAUAUCUCUGCCACUCUCCUAGACUCUCCUCGGUAAAUUUUGAUCUAGAACCGUCAUUGAAGAAUUGACAUUUGUAACUUCCAAGCAAUUAGCUCUGCCCGUAUUAAAAUAUAUUCUAAUGAAUAUGAAAAUUAAACUAAGACAAAUAAUUGUGGAUAUCAAAUAAUUAUUCUAAAUAAAUAAUGAAGUGUCGUUACUUAUGAUUAAAAACUUUGAAGCGCAGUCACCUUUGACCUUCGACCCACGAAAAGGAGGAAAAAGUUAGCAACGAACUUAACGUCAUUUGAUGAUUUUGGAACUAGCAGUCUACUUUGUGAAUAGACACUUACUACACGUGUAACAGGGGUAUAAAAUGUUUCUUAAAUAUUAUUACUAAUUAAUCCACCUAGUAUACAUUUGUGGCAUUGUUUGUGUUGCGUGCCUUUUGUUUUCUUUUCGUUUUUUGUUGUUAGCAAGCUAGCUAACGAGCUUGCUAUCUUUAAUUAGCACGAAGUUACAGAGGUUUAAUUUUCGACAGAGCUUUUUUGCUAACACCCGACAGACAAUAUGACAGAUAGCGAAGACGAGCUGGUGGUUCUGACGGACAUCUCGUCUCCGUCCCUGGAUGCGUUCAAAGACCUGCUACGAGAAGACGGGGUCGGAGAAGCGCCGGAGUUCGCGGAGGGACAUCAAAACCCUGAGCUCCGAGAGGACGAGCCGUUGGCGCUGUUGGCUGAUGUUGCUUUGGCGCCAUCUUGCGGCAGGUCUGUGUCCUUCAGCUGCCCAGAGGUCAGUGGGGUGACAGGGAACUUGCAUUCAUUCCAGCUGCAGCUCCAGUUCUUUUUAAGCAGAGUGGACGAGUUGCAGGAUAGCCUCGUUAGUGGGAAUAGCCAUCUAGACAGAGAGGCUCUUGCUGCUGCAGUUUCCAGCCUGCUGUACUCCUGUCAGCCUUAUUUUAACCACCUGGAGUCCACAGGUCGGAGCGCAGUGUCACUGUGCGCCCAUAACCCAGCUGAAUUUUGUUCAAAGCUCUGUGGAUUAAAAUCAGUCGUUUCAGAGUGAAACAUGUCGACUUUGCAUCGCCGCUCUGUCUGCUUGCAGCUGUUGAGCUUCUCUCAGCAGCUGUGUGACAGGUUGGAGCAGCUGUUGCUGACCUACGCCAGCCAUGAUCUCAUCAGUUUGGAUGAGGCCGAACCCAAGAGCAUAUCUCACUUCUGCGUUGGCCAGGUUCAGCUGGGCCAGAUGAAGGUGAUCACCUUCCGUUACUGCAAGCCGACACCGUAUCUGUCCCGCGUCGACACUGGAGUUUACAAACGCAUGCGCUGGAAUGUGGAGAGACCCCAAGAGGAUCAUCGGAGAGGAGAGGACAGCGAGGAAGAAGAAGAGAUCCAAACUGAUUACUACUUCCUGUGUUAUGAGGACAUCCAUAACACACAUGCUGACCCAGACUCAGAGAGCGAAGACGCCUCUAACGAUAACGUGGUGAGGAUGUGGUCCAUCGGUCAGUGGGUGCAGGUGAAGCCAGAACGGACCACAGACAAUUUAUACGACUGGAUCUUGUGCGAAGUCCCCGAGGCCAGCUAUCGCAGGCUGCUGUUCCUGGGCCGCAACGAGCCGUCCAGCUGCACGGCGACGGACUAUCUGCAGCAGCUGCUGCUGACGUGUCACGCUGACUGAGCUCAGGCCUGCAGGAGGAGGACACACACGUUAGUUAAUGCAUGGCAGCAGCUGUAACUAGGAUAAAACCUGGAGUGUCAGGAUGUAACUUUGAAGCUAUCAGGCUAAACUGAUACAUAUGGUGCUGAUCAGAAGUUUCAUCUGAAUAGUACAUAAUUUAGGGCUUGGAAAUAAAGAUUUGGAAGGAUUUUCUUUUCCCUGGAUUGAAGAUACAACUUAAAGGAUUUUAUAAAGCUAACAUUGUGCGGAAAUAUAUCGAUAUAUAAAAUAUAGAUUUAUAUUGUUUUUGUAGCCAUUAAAAUUGGCCCUGGCUUCAUUUUUGACCUGUUCUCAUCAUUAGAAAUGAGAUUAUUCAUUCAAAUUGUUUGGUUUCCUGGAAAGGACUCAGGUUUUAAUCAUCUCACAGCAAAAGCACAAACUUAAAGUAUUUCUAGUGAAAAUAUCUUAGUACACUUGAAAUAAGGCAAAACUAACUUACAAGAAACUUUGAAGCAGG